ACUUCCCUCACGAAACUCCUGGAUCGAGUUCGUUAAGUCAAAACUCCGAACCUCCCUUCCGUGCUUUCGCCGCUCUUCUCUCCAGUUCUACAUCUUCUGAUUCAAUCUUUUCAGUCUUGAUCUAUACUUUAGAUCCGUUGCCCAAUUCUGGAAACCCUCUUCCUCUCUUUCCCUUUGCCGGAGAGAAGAAGAGGAGAUUGUUUUGUUUCGUUCAGAUUCGAUUCGAUUCGAUUCGAAUCCAUUUUGUUUUCCAUUCAUCUGGUGAUUUCGGAGAGAUGGAUCAAAACUCGAGGAGCCAUCACCAGCAUCACCUUGGUGUAAACAAGCUAGGAAAGAGCAUUCGCAAGAGCCCUCUUCAUCAACACAACUUCCAGAAGAUUCAGCCGUCGGCGGGUGCGACGCUGCCGCCACCGCCGCCGCAGCCCCAGGUUUACAAUAUCAGCAAAAGCGAUUUUCGAAGCAUCGUGCAGCAGCUCACUGGAAGCCCCGCCCGGGAUCCUGCUGGCGCCGUAAACAUUCCUGCGCAGGCACGGCCGCCGCAGCCCAAAGCCCCCAGCUCGCGGCUCAUGAAGAUUAGGCCGCCGCCGCUCACACCGAUCUCCCGACCGCCGCCGCUACCUUUGCAGAAUUUGGCGCCGGAUCAAAACCCUAACCCGAAUCUCAAUCCGAAUCCUGGCUACUACCCACGGCCAGCGCCUUCUCCGACUCCCCAUAUGGGUGUUGCCUGGGCUGAUUCGCCGGUUUCCGCAUACAUGAGGUACCUCGAGAGUUCCCUUCUCAGCUCAGAUAGCUCUAGGCGUACCCCCGCGCAAGGAUUCUUGCCAGCCGGUGUUCCCUUUCCCUCGCUGAGGGGAAACCCUCCUCCUUCUGCCACUUCCUUGCCGGCUUCCAUGCAGCCAGGGCUGCUUCCGUCUCCCGGAUCACAAUUCCCACCGCUGUCGCCGGGAUCUCAGUUCCCCUUAACGUCUCCAAACUCGAUGUUACCAUUGCCGUCUCCAAGCUCAUUUUUGAAUCUUCUAUCACCAAAAUCGCCCUACCCACUGCUUUCUCCGGGGUUUCAGCAUCCGCAACCUUUUACACCUAAUUUCUCUUUCUCACCAAUGCCCCAGUCGGGAAUAUUGGGGCCAAGGCCUGGGUCUCAGCCACCGCACUCUCCGAGUUUAUUGUUCCCACCUUCACCCUCUGGUUUCCUACCUCAGCUGAGCCCUAGAUGGAGGGAGAUGUAGCAUUUUCUUAUACGCUGAAGACGUGAAAAGUACAUGGUGCGGUCUGGCUGUCCUUUCCUCAUUCCCUAUACUCUCAUUUUUUUGCUGAGCCUGAGUUUCUUUCUGUAUCAUCAACGCUUGGAGACGCAAUCAACUGUGAUUGAGUUCUGCUAUGACCAUAAAACAAAACGAAUUACCGGAUAAAUUGGAAUAAGAAAGGUUUAGCCUUUUUCCUCAAGAUACAGUAGAGUUGUCGUUUAAGGGGAUGAGGCGGACGGAGGCAUGGCUGAGACAAGGUUUGUGCAGCUCAAUCAAUCACUUUGUAGCUUCUUGACUUUUUUAAUCCUAGUGCAAAAUACUUGUUAGUUAAUUGAAUAAGCUUAUUGAUUUUAUUUGGACGAGAAUUUUUUAGAUGAUAGUAGUUGUGCUUUGUAUUUUCCUGAAAGGUUUAUUUGUUCUGUAUGUAUUUUGCUUAAAGCCUUGAAUUUCAUUCAUGAAUUCUUUAUAAGCUUUUGUAUUACCAGGCACAAGUUAUUGUGGGGAACAUAAUCAUUCAUGUUUUUCCUUUUUACAGACAAAAUAUAGCAGAAUUGCUCUUCUUUGUCAAUGUGAAUAUAACAGUUAAUUGCCAA